AUGAGGCCCGCCUCGGUCGGUGGGGUGGCGGUAACAAGGGCAGCCGAGGCGAAGAAGGCGGCUGAGCUGAAGAAGGCCGCCGAGCCGAAGAGGGCGGCCGCCGACCCCGUGGGUUUUGCCUCGUCGCGAGAGGAACCUGCCACCAUGAGAAAGACGGUGGCCACGGCCACCAGUUCGGCCGGGCCAGUCGACGGGAGCGGACCCUCGGCGAGCGCGAGUGGCGAUGCGGUGGCGAAAGCGGGCGCUGAGUCAGCCACGGCUCGAGGGCCGAACGUUGUUCCCUCCGUGGUGGAGGAGGAGACAGUGUGCACCGAGUCGGCGACGGCUCAAGGUACGGACGUCAUGCCUCCCGUGGUGGAGAAGGAGCAAGGCGCUGUCGAGGGGGACGGCUCCUCGGCGAAGAUGAGGGAGCGGCAAACAAAGGCUGCCAGGGACCCGGCUCACCCCAGCGACCCCGAAGCGCCGGCGGGAGAAGCACCGUCGACCCAGGCGGUGGUGCAGGGGGCGGGGCGCACGAGUCGCGCCGUCCUCCGCUGA